GGAAGAGGUGGUGGAUAAAGACGGACGCUCUGCCCCUCCUGCCGCAGAUGAAGUGUGGAUGAAACGCUGCAGACCUGAUUCAUGACCGAGUAGCGACCAAACAAGUCCCAGUUUAGCGCAAAAACACCGAGGAACCUCGUAAACUUAUCUCCAAAAAAAAUAAAAGAAAAUUCCUUCCAUAAUAAGGGCAUCGGCCUCACUCUCCAGCUGCCAGCAUGAUGAAGGACUGCCUGCAGUUCCUUAUCGAGCCGGCUAAAAAGCUUAAGAUUCGACUCAAGGAGUCUCGAAAGAGAGUGAAGCUUGAGAAGAAGGAGCCGCUGUUGGAGAGUCAGUUAUUUAUCAUGGAGUUGGCACGAGAACUCAACAAAAUCUGCCAGAGGUCAAAUGUCCUCGGCCACAUCUGGACCAGUGAAGACAUCUGGCCGGCCAGUGUGUGUCGGGACUUUAUUGUGGACUGGGCUGCUAUGUUGGAGAAGAGAGUACAGCCGAGGAUCAUUUCAUCUGAGUAUGAGAAACCAGAGAAGAAGGACUGGAAGGAGCACCUGUUGUGUAUGCUGGAGGCUGGGGGGGAGGGCGACAUGGGCCCCCACAAACGACUCAUCAUGGACUGGACCAGGGAGAUUAAGAGCCGGCCUCAGCCUACGAUCUGGCCAGGUGAACCGGUGCUCAUGAUGCUGGACGACCUGGAGUUCCAGUGGAAGAGGGGCCGUCUGCCCAACCUGCUCCCAGCCAUGGAGCUCAUCAUGCUGGCCGUGCUGAAUGCUGACAGUCCCAUCAAGGAGGAUGUGACUAAGCAGUGGCUGGUGCGAAAACAGCGGAGCCAGAGGAUCGAUGCCAUCCGCUACAUCCCCCAUAGUGUGUGGAACUGGAUUUGUGAUGCAGCAGAGGACGUCACGCUCGAUUCAGAGUCAGCCAACCCAGACCUGCUCAUCUCCUCUGAUGAAAAGCGUAUGCGAUGUGGCCUGGAGCGCCGGGACGUCCCGUGCUGCUCACAGCGUUUCAGCGGCUGGUGGUGCGCAGUGGCUCAGGAAGGAUACACCUCAGGACGUCACUACUGGGAGGUGGAUGUGGGCGAGCGGGACUGGAGGCUGGGUGUGGCCAAGGCGUCGGCGGUCAGGCAGGGCUUCCGUUCACUCAACACAAGCACAGGAUACUUUACCCUCCGUCUGGAGAGAGGCACAGACCUGAAGGCUCUGACGGUGCCGGCCACCCCGCUGACACAGAACCUGACACCCAGGAGAGUCGGGGUCUACCUGGACUAUGAACAGGGCCAGCUGUCCUUCUACAACGUGGAGAAGCGCUCUCACCUGUUCACCUACAACGAAAAGUUCACAGAGGAACUGUACCCGGUGUUCGGGACUGUGGAGGUGGUCAAAGACCUGGUGAUCAGGCCUAAGGACGUCAGACAGCCGUGCCUCUGCCCCGGGCCCUGCCUCUGGACCUGAGCUUCUCCAUGUGGAUUUUGGGUUCAUGUUAAAAUCUUGUCUUGCUCCUGGGUUUGACAUUUGUUUUGUUUUUUUCUGUAAGUUGCUUUGUGAGAUCAGGAACAAAUGCCAUCAUCCUGCUUCACACCCCCAUUACUCUGCCUUCAUUGAUUCAGUAUGAAUUGUACAGGUUCAUAUCACAUCUUACAAACAGCCUUGUUUUUAAGUCAGUCCAAUUGUUUGAGCAAGUUUUAAGGUUCAGUGUGUGAUAUUUAGUGGUGCCUCAUCCAAUAAUAACACAAAAACAUAAGAAUGUCACUGGACUCACAGUUUCAUUUGUCUGUUUUGGGCUGUUUGGGUUUUUGUUUUUUUUAUGGGAUUUAUUAUUAAAUGUGCUCCUCACUCUGUAAUGCACCUUACGAAGGGAUACCACCUUCCAUUAAACUCACGACUCUUUCUAACAGCUAUACAAUUCUUAAUUUCACGUGAUUAUACACAAAUGAAAAUACAAUUAUGUUUCUGUUUCUGCAUUCAGAUCCCCCUAAAUCCCACACACUGAACCUUAAAAUGAUUAUAUUUGGAUUUUUUUUAUUAGUUUUUUUAAAAAACAUUUUUGCAAACUAAAAUAAUAAGUAUAAAUAUGUUGUUCUAAAAGCAUGAAGGCACUGUGAAAGGAUGUGCAGCCAGCUAACUUAUGUCCAGAUAUUUAUGGACUGGUCUGACGCAUGUGAAAAGUGAAUUUCUCUCUGUUUGCUUCUCUGUUUCUGCUUCCGGCUACAUUUCAUUCAGGCAUGAGAUAGUUUUUACAGCUUGGUUUUUCUUCCAGUAGAUGACAAUGCUUUUUUUCCUCCCAAACAUAAAUAAAUGAACUCAAAAUGUC